CUAUUCAGUCAGGAAAUGAAACCAGCUGCAAAUAAAACAGACAAGAAAAGACGUCCUGAAUGACACGUUUGUUUUUGUGGAACUGUUAGAUAGAUAACAAGUUGAAGCUGUGCUUGGUGAACAGUACAGAACAUAAAUUGCUUUAGUUGAAUUAAUUCCUUUAAAAAGAAAACCUCAUGAGGACUGAGGGGAGAUCAUGUGAAAGGAGGAAGUGACAAAUGUGUUGUGGUGAAAAACGUACUUAAGGAAGAAGAUUCAGGAAACACUUUCAAACUCAGUCUGCUCCGUCCAACUGUCUCUACUGUCACUUCACCCUCGACAACAUGGACAAGAUGAGGAUUGUAAUAUUAGGAAAAACAGGAGUUGGGAAAAGCAGCCUGGCGAACACCAUAUUAGGAGAGGAACUGUUCCAGACCGGCUUCAAUGGCGUCUCUGCAACAAGUGAAUGUCAAUCAGAAACCAGACGUGUUGAUGGAAGAGACGUCACCUUGAUCGACACUCCUGGUUUGUUCGACACGGAUCGAUCUGAAGUGAAGUUGAGGGCUGCAAUAGUGAAGUGCAUCACAGAGUGCUCUCCUGGGCCUCAUGCUUUUCUCAUAGUGUUUAAGGUGGAGAGAUUCACAGAUCAGGAGCAGGAUGUGAUUAAUAAAAUCAACCAAUACUUCUCUGAAGAAGCUUUCAAGUAUGCAACAGUCCUCUUUACUCAUGGUGACCAGCUCAAGGAAGGACAGACCAUUGAGGAAUAUUUCCACAACAAACAGCUUGUGAGUGAUCUGAUAAAGAAGUGUGGAGGCCGCUGCCACGUCGUUGAUAACAAAUACUGGAAGAACAACCAGCCGGAUGAUUACAGGAGCAACCAGUUCCAAGUGAAGCAGCUGAUGAAGACCAUCGAUCACAUGAUUGAGGCAAACAACGGAAGCUGCUUCACCAACGAGGUGCUACAAGCUGUGGAGAAACUAAGACAAGAGGAGGAGGAAAAGAUCAGACAGUCAUCAGGAAACAUGACAGACAAGGAGAUCAGAGAGGAGGCUAAAAAGAGCGUAAAUAAAAGGCUUUUGACCAAAUUGGCAGGUUUCGCAACAGGUGCAUUGUUAGGAGCUCUUUUUGGUGUCGUCGUGGUGGUUGGCGGAGCAGCAGCUGGAAUACCAGCAGGCGUAGUGAUCGGUGCAGGUGCUUUAGUAGGAGCAAUCACAGGAUACGUUGCCGCUAAGGAAGCAGACACACCAAGCGAGGCAGUAGGGAGGGCAGCAGACACUAUCUUUAAUGAAGCAACCGCUUUCUUUAAAGAUCAGAAAAAGCAGCAAUGAACAAAUCUGAAUUAAAACCUUUAAUGUGCCCUGAUUCUUAGGAUGUGUCAUUAAACAUGUCCCACCUCCUUUAAACAACAUGGAAUCUUUAACCAUUGAGAUGAUGGUGUUUGUAUGUAACAGGUUGAACUUCUUUCGUGAGCUUUCUUCUAUUUUCUGACUCUUUUCUAAAGCGUGUUGCAACAGCUGCAGAGCAAAGUGCCUGAUAUGUUGUUUAUUAUGUGUAUUAUCAACUGUGACCACAAAUAUGUUUCAACAUCUUGCUUCAAUAAGAUCUUACAAAAUGUUGUAAUCAAACUAGCGUUAAUAGUUGGAUGUUGAAUCAUUGUUCUGUUUCCUGUUACAAAGUUAUUCAGAAAUUGUUUGUUUCUAUUAACUACAAUUAUUGUCUCAUAAAAUUAUGUAAUCUGUGGAUUAAAAUGUCAGCAAGACAAAUAAAAACAACGAACGAAUUGAA